AUGGGCAACCUGUUCUCCAAAGCGCGACUCGUUCUCGAGGCGGGCAUUCACCUCAGCAAGACCUACGACCUCCUCGCAGACCGCAUCGCUACUCCACCCGGUCUCCCCAUUCCCAAUCCCACCCGCCCCUUCUGGACGGACCCCCCAUCGCCCAUCUCUUCCGAUGGCGACCCUCUGCCGGACUACGCAGACGUGGUGAUCAUUGGCUCUGGCAUCACCGGCGCGUCUGUCGCGUACACCCUGCUGGGGCUGGACAGCUCAUUGAAGGUAGUCAUGCUCGAGGCGCGCGACGUCUGCUCGGGUGCCACAGCCAGAAAUGGCGGGCAUAUCAACGCCCCGCUUUACCACGACUACAGCGAGCUGAAGGAGAGAUACGGCGAACGCGCGGCGGAGAUCAUGAUCAGGUUCCGCUUAGAGCACUUGCGCGAGUUCAGGCGUGUCGCUUUAGCUGAGGACAUCCUUAAGGUCUCACAGGUUCGUGAGACGGAACACUUGGAUGUGUAUGCGAAUACAGAGGGCUUCGCCCAGGCGAAGGAGAACCUCGCAAAGUGGAAGAACGACAUGCCCGUCGAAGCCUCCGGUUUCGAAUCGUAUGACGGUAGUGAAGCUAAAACGAAAUUCCGCCUAGGCGAGCAGGCUGUAGGAUGCAUUCGAAAUCCAGGCGGAGCUAUACAUCCUUAUCGUUUCGUUACGUCGCUGCUAGCCAAAUUGCUCGACCGAUACCCUUCUCAGUUCCACAUUGCAACACGAACACCCUGCACCGCGAUCCAUGCCUCGACCGCGUCCGCUCCCCACUACACACUUACCACACCGCACGGCAGCAUCACGACUCCACACGUCGUCCACGCAACUAACGGCUGGGUUUCUCACCUGCUCGCCCCCCUGCGUGCCAAGGUGAUACCCGCACGCGGGGUAAUGACCGUGCAGCGCCCAGGCUCGUCGCUGAGCGCGUCAACACACGACGGCGGGCGCUCGUACGUCUUCUAUCGCGAUACGACUGGGUACGACUACCUCACACAGCUCCCGACGGACGAGCACGAGCUCAUGUUUGGCGGCGCCUGGGCGGUGGCUGUCAGCGACGGGCUGCCCGAGCUCGGGUUCGCGGAUGACUCGGAGUACAACUUCGCCGCCGCUGCGCACCUCGCGGGCGCGCUUCCGCUGUACUUUGGGCCGGAACACUGGGGAGAGGAGGCACGAAUCUCUGAGUCGGUGGAAAGUACUCAAUGGGGGAUAGGGCGCACGAAGGCUCAGUGGAGCGGAGUGCUCGCCAUCUCCGUCGACGGCCUGCCCUGGGUCGGGCGUGUGCCGCCCAAAGUCUCAGGACGCGCGCAACCGGCUCCAAAGGUAGCCACGAAGGAGGGUGCGGCGCUGGCCCCGCCAGGGGAGUGGAUUGCUGCGGGGUACACGGGCGAGGGGAUGGUGCACGCGUGGAUGAGCGGGAAGGCGCUUGCGUACAUGGUUCUCGGGCGCGAGGGUGAAAUAGAGGCAUGGUUCCCGGACAUUCUACGGGUCACAGAGAAGCGUUGGAAGGCGGCGAGUGUGGACGACAUGAUAUCGCGCUUCAUGUGA